CGUGACAAGUUGCCUAUUCUAUUCUUUGUGUCCAACGUUCUUCAGCACCCCUCACAGCCAAAAUGCUUCAAAGUCUCGCUCCCACUAUUGCAACCAUCCUGCUGGUGUUUUUAGUCGAGUUCACGGCUGCGGGAAACACCACCUGUGCGGGGAACAUGACACAAUGGUACACAGAUGCAGUAGGAGAGACAGCAUGUAUGACGUAUCAAAGGCUCAGACAAAUAUGCAACCCCAACUAUGAGGUCCCGAACUUUCGGCAAAAUACUCCAGGUGAUCAAUGCGACGAUCAAUUGCAGAGUUGUUGUUGUAAUUCCAUCUCGUGGGCGCUAAGUAUGCUCUGCAUGAACUGUCAAUGGGAUGUAAAUGGCGGGUCUGCCUAUGGCAUCGACGCUGGCGUUGGUGCAUACGGGAUGUAUCGUUCUCCAUCUGGACCGUUUUGCAGUCCAGGAACGAAUCAAUCGCUUCCUGCUGACAUACAAGCUGCAGUUUGCAACAAAGACAUUAAACUUGGCAAUUUCUUAUACGACCUCUUUUGGUCCGACGGUCCAUGUGUAUACACCAUGAACACUGCUUCGAAGGACGAAGCGGAGACAAACAACAACAUGUAUACCCACUGCAACAGCACGACGAGCACAACCUUGAGUCCAAGCGCCAGCACAAUAACUACCUCGGCGACUCCAUCCCAAACAACGGCCGCUGCUUCCCCAGGUUCCGCACAUAAAUCUAAUGUUGCCAUAAUUGUAGGUCCUGUGAUCGGUGCCAUAGUCGGGCUCGCCGCGGCUGUUCUGGUCGCACGAUCCUGCUGGCGUAAGCGCCAACAAAGGCUCGUCCGCCUUUCGUUGGAUACCGAUAGCCCGUAUGCGCACGCAAUGGCAAUGGUUUCACCAUAUACGGUUACAGAUUCCAAUACAGACACGAUAUCAGGGAACCCGACUUUGUACGGGCUCGAGCAUUCACGCAAACGGGGUCAUCUACCAACAUCAAGCAAUUCCUUCCCCUCCAAUACUGCACUAGUCUCCACUACUGGUGAAAACGGCCAGAGCUUAUCGGACUCUUUUAGAAAUAUAGGUUCUUCCGUCAGCGCGCUCAGGCACGAGGAUGCAGGGGUUGUUCCAAACCUUGCGCGCUCUGGCUCUGGAAGACUGCCUCCAGCAUACGACCCUGGUUGGGAAGCACCCCACAGCGAAACUUCGCGACUGAAUCCCGAUUCAGAAUUCCAAGCAGAGGAGUCUCCCUCACAGACCGCGGCGAACAGCGAGCCUAGUCCCUGGCGCACCAAGUAGUGAUGUGAUACCACCUUUUCUGUUUGACAAACUUCAUUCCAUACUUUUCGACUCUGCGCGAUAAAACAAAACAUACAUAUUGCAUACUUCACGCUCCAGUACAAAUUCAGGCGAUUUCAUCCCCCAUCUUGACGACCUGGCUUUUUUGCACUAACAAUUUACGGAACAUUAUUCGCCACAUACACUGAAUACAGCCUUUCAUUGUUGCCCUCACCGACUUCUUUUGGCUCUACCUUAAGGAUACCAUACAUAUUAGCACUAACAUUAAUAUUGUCCCUGCCUUCUAGAGAAGCUAUUCUAAUCACCACGUAGGCCUUUCAUUGAAUUAUUCGUUUCUUCCU